CCCCCCCCAAAAAAAAAUCAAAAAAAUCAACACCUUGGAACUCAAAAAAAGGUCUUCCCAUGUGUCGAUAUGAACUGCUUGGCAGUGCAAUUAUCAUUCUCUCUGAGAUGAAACUUUGUCUUGGAGGUUCGGACGCACAAGCAAUUGAGAGUCGGUACGAAAAAAAACAAAACAAAAAGCAAUUGAAUUUGAUUUCAUAGCUCCAUUUUCUUGUCAUUUGAAUCGCGGAUUCACUCCCCCACACCUCUCGAUCAAAGCGGCAUCUCCGCGUCGCGCACCCGCACUGACAUCAGCGUGUCGCGCCUAACCCGUAAUCAGUAGCAGCAGCAACAGCCGCACAGGAAACAGUGACAGUCGCAAACUCACCCCGCGACAAUGCUCCAUGAAGUCCUCCUCUCCCUCGCCGGCCAUCCGUCUCCACUCCUGCGGUCCGAUCCCUCAGCCGCCAAUGCGGAUAAGCACCCCGCCGCAGGCGAUGCGACGACCGCCUCCGCCGUCUUCACUCCGCCAGAGCGGGAGCUCCUAGCGUCCGUGUCGCACCUCAGCGGCCUGCACAUCAAGCUGCGGAGCCACACGGCUCAGAUUACCGUUUCGCACCCGUCGACAAUAUGCCGUGCCGUUGCCGCCUCGAUUAGCUCCGUCCACCUCGCCGCGUUCCAGCGCAAGGUCCUCGAGGUUGAGGAUUCUGUGCUGCGGCGGGAUGCGUCACUCGUCGGGGCUUACAACAUUGUGCCGUUGACGGCUGUGGUCAGUGAAUUCUCGGACUGGACGAGACGCAUGGAGUGGCUGUGGGAGAUUGUCAAGUUUAUGGUCUCGGCAAGUACGGAAACAAAGGCUGGAAAGCAGCGUGGCGCGACGGCAGGAACCGCAGCGUCUUCCUCGCCAUCUCCAUGUACCGGAGCCAGCAUCAUUGAUAAGCUGCGUGGUGAGCUGCAGACUGGCUACUUGGACAUCGAGACCACCGCCGGGAGCUUGGUAGCAGUUGCCGAGACUGCCUGGCUAAAGCAAGUCUCCGCCUGGAUUCUAUAUGGUCGUCUUCCAACCUUUGGCAGUGGGGAUUUCUUUGUGCAGAGGGCCUCGGAGGAAAGUGACGAGGACUUUGUUUGCGAACACACUCUGCUCCCAUCGUUUGUCACGCCAUCAACAGCAUCAUCAAUGCUCUUUAUUGGUUUGUCACUGAACCAGAUUCGGGCGAAAAGGAUGGACACGUCUGGUUUAAGCUUGCACGACACUCAUCAACUGUCAUCACAGCUUUCCGAACUCUCCAAACUCCAAUUCCCUCUAGACAGUGCUGCGCUUUCACGGACGAUCACCAGCAUAAGACUGUUUUUGUCGAAGAACAUUCUCUUAAAAUUCCUGCCACUAGUCAAAGUACUUGAGAUCUUACAGCUCCUGAGAGAUUUCUUCCUGCUCGCCCGAGGUGACUUCGCCAUGGCCUUGUCACAACAGGCGGACGAGAAACUUCGCAGCCGCUGGCGCAAAACAGAAAACCUUAAUCAUGCUUACGGAAAACAGGAUGGACUCGGAAACGCCAUGCUCAAAGAGGGAGAGGUGAUGCAGAUACUUGCCCGUACCUGGGCAGCUUUGGGCUCCCUACAGGGUCAGCACGCCGAAGAAGACGAGGGCCUUGAGUUAGCAAGGGACAUCAUGCGCCUCACCCUUACAAAAACGAGGCCCUCGACGCCAGCUACGUCCCAUGCCACACCAGCGGCGGCUGAAUAUCCCUCCGGGAUUGCCAGUACACCUUUUCGCAACCUCCUUCUCUCGGUGCCAGCUGUGCUCACAUUAUACAUCCCUUCCCCCCUCGACCUUUUCCUAAGCCAAUCAGACCUCCAAACUUAUACCCUAAUCAACUCUUACCUUCUUUCAAUACGGCGAGCGCAUCUAAGGCUCACGGAUCUGUGGAAGAUCUCUGCUUUAAGGAGACACUGGCCACCGCCUCCAAGGCCACGACAGGGAAGCAGUGGCGCUGGUCGCGCGCGGACGCAGCUGCUCCGGGCUCGACACAACGAACGGUCACAUGCGCUGCGCAGCGCAUGGGCCAACAUCAGCGCCGCCAUAUUUUUCUUGGCUGAAACAGAAGCAUAUCUGCAGACAGAGGUAGUGGCAGGGCUGUGGGAGGGUUUCCAGAACUGGCUGCUCACUGGUAGCGACAGAGCGCACCAGGAUGACCGCAAGGUUAGCAGGUACGACCGGCACACUUCACUCAACAGCUCAGCCCACGAUGAGAUGGAUGUAGAUGCCGAGGAGGAGCAAGAAGAUGAUAUCUGGCUCGCCUCUGUUUCAGACGAAAAUAGCCUGACGGCAGGAGGUGACACACCACAGCGCCAACCCCACGACCCGCAGACUCUGGCCACCGCACACCGACUGUACCUGCGAAUCCUUGCCAGGCGCAUCCUCCUGGUGAACCAGUCCUUCACAGACGUGCUGUACGAGCUCCUAGUCAACGUCGACCACCUCGUCGCGCUGGUCCAUCGCCUAGACGGGGUCUGGACGUCCGUGGAUCUAGAGGUAGACUCUGGCGUAAUCGACGCAUUCGUCGACCUCGAACGUGAAGAGGCCGACAUCCGCAACGAGAUCAUCGCCGUCGAGCGGCGUGUCAGGAUCGGUGUCGAGGCUUGCAUCAAGGAGUUGAGAGAUGUAGAGACUCGCCACGAUGGUGACGGCGACGUCGAUGACGUGGCGCUUCUAGAGCUGGGUGAGUACGUCCCGCGCCGGGUCGGCGGGGUGGAUAGGCUUUUGAUGAAGCUUGAUUUUGGCACAUGGUUCCGGUCAGGACGCGAUGUUGCUCAAGCUUCUGAUGAAGAUGAAGAGAUGGAAUCUUAGGUAACU